AUGAGCGACCUCGAUUUAGAGAAGAAGCCCAGCACCGGGCAGGUGAUGCCUAGGAGCGAGUCUGCAUCCGGAUCCGAAGAUGCGGACGCUCUUAAGCUGGCCGAGAUGGGCUACACUCAGGACUUGCAGCGCAAUUUCUCGGUGCUCUCCCUGGUCGGAAUUGCCUUCUGCAUGUCCAACUCGUGGUUCGGUAUCUCUGCAUCUUUGAUUACGGGUAUCAGUUCUGGAGGCACGGUCAUCAUCAUUUACGGCCUGUUGUGGAUCACCUUCAUCUCGUCCUGUGUGGGAGCCUCCCUCUCGGAAUUGGCCAGUGCCAUGCCCAACGCGGGUGGGCAAUACUUCUGGGCCGAUCAACUGGCUCCUAAGAAGUACGCUCGUUUCGCAUCCUACGUGACCGGCUGGUUCGGCUAUGCGGGUGCCAUCUUUGCGAGUGCCAGUGUGGCCCUCAGUCUGGGAUCUGGUGUGGUGGGCAUGUGGGAGCUGGGCCAUCCCUCAUUUGUUCCCAAACCUUGGCACACCGUUGUAGCGUACGAGCUCAUCAACCUCUUCUGUUACCUGUUCAACUGCUGGGGUAAAUUUCUCCCUGCGAUCGCCAAGGCCACGCUGUACAUCUCGCUGCUCUCGUUCUUCGUGAUUUUGGUGACCGUACCCGCGUGCGCCAAACCCCACGCCAGCGCCUCGUUCGUUUUUGGUCACUUCGUCAACUCAACCGGUUGGAAGUCGGACGGGAUCGCGUUCAUUGUCGGCUUGAUCAACCCCAACUGGAUCUUCGCGUGUCUGGACUCGGCGACGCACCUGGCGGAGGAAGUGCCGCAGCCGGAACGCAACAUCCCGAUCGCCAUCAUGGCCACGGUGGGCAUCGGUUUUGUGACCUCGUGGUUCUACUGCGUGGCCAUGUUCUUCAGCAUCCAGGACCUGGACGCGCUGCUCAACUCGUCCACGGGCGUCCCCAUUUUGGAGUUGUAUUACCAGGCGUUGAGCAACAAGGCGGGCGCCAUUGUGCUGGAGACCCUCCUGAUCGUCACGGGUAUGGGGUGCCUCAUUGCCUGCCACACCUGGCAGUCGCGGCUGGCGUGGGCGUUCGCGCGCGAUCGUGGCGUGCCCUGCCACCAGUGGCUGUCGACCGUCAGCGUGAAGCUGGACGUGCCCAUGUGGUCGCACUUUGCGAGCUCGCUGAUUGUCGCCCUGUUGGGUCUGCUCUACCUUGGCUCCUCCACCGCGUUCAACAGUAUGGUCACCGCCUGUAUCGCGCUGCUGUACAUCUCGUACUCGGUGCCUGUGAUCUGCAUGCUGUACCGCGGUCGCGACAACAUCAAGCACGGUCCUUUCUGGUUAGGCAAGUGGGGGUUGGCUGCCAACUACAUCACCUUGGCGUGGACCCUGUUCUGUCUGGUCAUGUACUCCUUCCCUGCCACCAUGCCGGUUAACACUGGAAAUAUGAACUAUGUGUCCGCCGUCUACGGCGUCAUCAUCUUCAUCAUCCUCGUUGACUGGUUCGCCCGUGGUCGCAAAUCCUUCCGUGGUAGCCAGAGUUGUGUCGAGGACGCCACCACCACCACCAAUACCACCACCGGCCACGCACACUAA